AUGUCAUUUUUCAAUCGAUUAUUUAAAUUUCGAAUUUUCAAAUUUCGUGCAACUCUUAGUGAAGAACUCGACGAUCUUCAGAGUGAAUUAACUCGUUUACAACAGACUUUAAUUCAAACACGUCUACGUCAACGACAAUGGACAAAGUGGUUUGCUAUUUAUGCAAUUCUUGCUUAUGUGAUUGUGAAUAUUUGUUAUUAUACAUUUUUUCUUCCACAAGAUUUUGUUACUCAAAUUUAUGCAUUUUCAAUUUCUAUAACAUUUGGAAUUUUGUUAUACGGUAUUCAUUGGAUAAUGCGUUGGUAUUUUCGAAAGGUUAUUCAAAUGAAAGAAGAAAAAUUAGAAUUAUUCAAAGAACGAAAACAAGAAUUAAUUGAAGAAGUAAAGAAUAAAGAAACAUAUGCAGUAGCUAAAAAUCUUUUGGAAAAAUAUGGUGAAAAAUUAACACCAGAAAUUGGAUCACCUGUAAUAAAUGAUCAACGUCCACGCGCGUCAAGCAAACCAACAAUAUCCAGUGCUGAAAAACCAUCUGUUUCUGUUGUUUCACCUAAUCCUAGUUCAUUCGAAAAUGGAAAUCAAUUAGUACAAACACCAGUACGUGAAGGAUCAACUCGUUUAGCUGCUGGUGUUACACCUGGUAGAUUACCGCGAGCAAUUCAACCACCUCAGCGUACAUUUUGGGGUGCAAUUCUUGAUACAAUUGUAGGAGAUGGUCCAUCGAAACGUUAUGGAUUGAUUUGUAAAUCAUGCAACAGUCAUAAUGGCAUGGCAUUAGAAGAAGAAUUCGAAUAUUUAUCAUUUCGUUGUGCAUAUUGUAAUUAUUUUAAUGGUGCUCGUAAACAUAAACCUGUUUUUAAUCCUGAUUUAUUCAGUACUAAUCAAACACAAAAUGAAAAUAAUAUUGAACGUAUGGAAAUAUCUACAACAGAUUCAUCAGAUUCUACAGAUCCAAUAAAUGAAUCACGUAUAACACGUCGAUCAAUACGUGUUCCAAUAACAAAUAAAAAUGAAAUUCGUUCACGUUCAAUAUCACUUGAAAAUAAACAUCAAAAUCAUCCAACAAUAUCAUCAUCAUCAGACGAAAAUUUAUCAGCGAAAAACUAA